GUGGCUUUUGUGGAGCGAUGGGUAACGAUGCUUCGUGAGUGACUGUUGUUGAUGUGUGCAGAGGGUCCCUGGUUCGUGCCCGGGUAUGGGCGAGGGGACGGUCUAAAGUUAUACUGUUACAUUUAUACUUGUGUACUAUUGUUUGUACAGAUGAAUGUGGUACCUUCAGGCAUUUGGAAAUUGCACCCAAGGAUGAACGACUUGUGGAGAUCUACAAUUUAUUUUCCUAGGUCUUGGCUGAUUUCUUUUGAUUUUCCCAUGAUGUCAAGCAAAGAGGCACUGAGUUUGAAGGAAGCACUGUCCGUGGUGAGCGAGGACCAGUCCAUUUUCGAGUCGCCCUUCCCUGCCGCCACGACCAUGCACAUGAAGGGCGAGAUGACGUCACCGGGAAGCUUCAGCCAGGCCUCCGAAGAGAGCCAAGAACCCACCGAGCCGGAGUGGGCCGGCCCAGGAGCACAGAACCCUGGGAAGAGAGGAGAGCACAUCAACGGAACCAGUCGUGAGUCCCCUGUGGACUGCAGUGUGACCAAACGCUCCCGACACAUGAGCAGCAACGAUGGGGGUCAGCUGGCCUACCAGGCCUCAUACCCUGAGCCCCGCGCCAGCCCCCAGACCGCCACCCCGCCCAACAGCGCCACAGAGGAGAAGAGAGUCAUAGUGCCCGCAGACCCUGAGGUGUGGACCCAGGACCAUGUGCGUCAGUGGCUGGACUGGGCCAUCAAGGAGUACAGCCUGGAGGAGGUGGACAUCAUGCACUUCCACACACUGGAGGGCAAGGCACUCUGCAAGAUGACCAAGGAGGAUAUGAUGCGCCUCACAUCCGCCUACAACACAGACAUCCUGCUCGGCCACCUCAAUUACCUCCGGCAGAGCAGCCCUACUUUCUCCUACCCCAUAACUCCAACCAACAACACACAGCAACAACCCAGACUACAGGUUAAAUCAGAGAACAGUUAUGAGGAGAUAGGCAGAAGGAACAGCUGGCCAUCGAACCCCAUGCCACCUCCAGUACCCAAAGGUUCUCCCAUGGAGCACCAACACAGCACCAGAGUCACAGAGCCUCCACCGAGAAGUGUGCAAGACCCAUACCAAGCAUUAGGUCCCAUCAGCAGUCGUCUAGCCAACCCAGAAGGGCAGGCCCUCCACUCCAAGAACCGAACAAGCAAACACAGUUCAUACAGGCUGCCUGACCCCAGCGCUCACAGGCCUGUGGGAUUAAUUGACACAAACAAAAAUGACAAUGAUUCACAGUGAAAAUUCUUCCGGUGUUCUGUGCAGUGCAAAUCGCAUAAAGAAUGAAAUGGAAAUCAAUACAUAAUAGUAGAUAAGUAUAUUCAAGCAAAAAACAUCUUAAAAAUCUAUACAAAUACAGAAAAAUGUAAAUGUGUAUAUGGAUAAAACUACACUAAUCUACAAACAAUCCUACUCUUAAGAGAAGCAUUUCACAAACAGAUCUUGCUCACUUUAACAGAACCCAGCCCUUUGAUGCAUCCAUUCCCCUCACCCCCCGUCCUGUUUCUCUUCCUAGGCUCUGGACAGAUCCAGCUUUGGCAGUUCCUGCUGGAGCUGCUGUCGGACAGCAACAACUCCAGCAUCAUCACCUGGGAGGGCACCAAUGGCGAGUUCAAGAUGACCGACCCGGACGAGGUGGCCAAGCGUUGGGGCGAGCGCAAGAGCAAGCCCAACAUGAACUACGACAAGCUGAGCCGCGCCCUGCGCUACUAUUACGACAAGAACAUCAUGACCAAGGUGCACGGCAAGCGCUACGCCUACAAGUUUGACUUCCAGGGCAUCUCACAGGCCCACCAGGGCCACGGCGGAGAGGGGGGCAUUGUUAAGUAUCAGACUGAGGUAUCUUAUGCCCAGCCCUACCACAGCCACCAGCCAAAAAUGAACUUCAUGAACACACAUGCUGCCCCUAUGCCCGUGUCCCCUGGGAACUUUUUCGGGCCGCCUACAACUUACUGGAACUCAACAACCAGCCCAAUGUAUCCGGGGUCUCCCAUGCCAAGGCACCCGGGGACUCACUCCCACCUGAGCUCAUACUAUUGAGGCCUGGGUGUCUUGCACUAGACUGGAUGGGCUGGCAGAGCUUUCUGAAACAGACAUAUCCAAGAUACCAUCCACAAUGUAUCUAGUCUUUAAUGUCUAAAUUACAUUGUAACGCUAUUCGAUGUUCAUUUCCUGUGAUUCAGUUUUUUGAAAAACCAAGUUUUUCAAUUAUGUAAGUAUUUUGUUUAAUAUGUAAUUGAGGUCAUUGAAGGAUUUAAAGGGAGAGUCACAGUGUGGGAAGUGGUAAAACUGUUGAGGUCUUUAUCUCAAUUACUAUAUUCAUUAAAUCUAACAUUUGUAAAAGUAUAAUUGUACAGAAUGUUUCAUACAAUUGUAGCAAUAAAACAUUUACCCCUGUAGUAAUGCUAAUAAAAGGAACUUGUAUAUUUGA